GUAUAAUAAAGGACUAAAGAUCCUGUAGAAAAACUAAAGGUAAAUUGCUUGAAGUUUGGUCUGAAAAAUGGGAAAGAAACAGCAUCAGAAGGAUAAGCUGUAUUUAACAAACAAGGAGUGGAGAGAAGAAUGGGGUGGAAAGAAAGCUGUUACUUUUUCUUCAAUGCAGGAUCCAUCAAGUCUUGACAAAUUUAAUCUUGCAAAUUUCCAUCAUCUAAAGAACAAUUUGAAAGUGGUUAAUGAAGAGGAGGAAAAAGCCAAGAAGGAUCCAAAGUACUACUUGAACAGGGCUAACAAAGACACCCUUGGUAUUCUGAGUGAACUAGAAAAAACUUAUAAAGAACCUGAGAAAAAGAGCUCAGAGAAAACAAGUGAAUCACUUACAGAGAGAAAUGCUGCUCAUUAUUCUACUGGUGCUGUAGCCAGCUCAUUCACAUCCACUGCACAAAUACCUGUCACUCAACAGGAGGCAGCUAUUGUUGAUCAGGAUAUAGUGAGAUACAGAGAAGUGAAAAAGAAAGGUUAUGUAAGACUGCAGACAAAUCAUGGUGAUCUUAACUUGGAACUUCACUGUGAAAUGGUUUCAAAGACGUGUGAGAAUUUUAUAAAACUCUGUGCUUCUGGCUACUAUGACAACACAAUCUUUCACAGAUCUAUCAAGAACUUUAUGAUUCAAGGAGGAGAUCCUACUGGAACAGGGCGAGGUGGUGAGUCGGCCUGGGGAGAGCCAUUCAGAGACGAGUUCAAACCGAAUUUGAUACAUCAAGGGAGAGGCAUUCUAAGUAUGGCAAAUUCAGGACCGAAUACAAAUAAAUCCCAGUUCUUUAUUACGUAUCGCUCCUGUCGUCAUUUGGAUGAAAAACAUUCCGUGUUUGGCAGAUUGGUUGGUGGGCUCGAAACAUUAAGCGCUUUGGAAAGAGUAGAAACUGACGAAAAAGAUCGACCAAAGGAAGUGAUCAAGCUAAUCAAAGCCACUGUGUUUGUGAAUCCUUUCGAAGAAGUUGACGCUGUGCUUCAAAAAGAGCGAGAGAAAAAGGAAGAAGAAGAAAAACAGCAGGAAGAAGCCGCCCGCAAAAAGAAAGCGGCUGCCACGCCAGCAGAGGCACCAAAGGUUUACCGGUCAGGAGUUGGAAAAUAUAUUAAACAGAAGCCAGCGUCAAGGGAUGCUGAAACUGCUGACCUCGCACCGCAACAAUCGAAAAAGAAAAUUAAAGUAUCUGGCGGAUUCAAAGAUUUCAGCUCCUGGUGACACAAGAAUGGCUUGAAAUUCCGAUCAAAAUGUUCCACUCAUUCGUCCGUAAAUUAAAAGAAACAUACUAGAGAACUACCCUAGUUUUGAGAACUCUCCUGCUGCUCUCGGAAGGUCAGGGAAUCCUGGAAAUCGUCAUGUUUUCGCAGUCUUUUCCUACAAACCUGUGCCAAGCAAGAACAUAAUCCGGAAGUGAAACUUAACCGCGUCUAUUAUGCGGGUUACUUCGAUCGCCACAGUGCCAGCUCUAUUAAGUUGACAUUGCCAACCAUCAAUGCGGCUAUUUCGCCUACAGAGAAAUAACAACCACAAGUAAAUUGUAGCAUUAUUCUGUCAAAGGCGAAAGAAAAUGCUUGCGAGGGCUCUUCAACAGCAAAACAUUCUUAGCAGCCAAAUUUAACUUGAGGUUAUGAAAGGUUUGACGGUCUAUAAUCUCAAACAAAUAGUCGUGGCUUUUUUUGAUAGGAUGUAUGGACCAAGCUCGAAGUAAACUGCUAUCAACGUCUAUUCGCGUUGAACAACUGUGGACAAUAUUUUUUCUGUACAUCUUGCGAAGUUGAUGAAUAACUUUUGUAAAUCGUGAACACUUAGGCUGUGCAAAGCUAUGAGUAAUAGUGCUCUUA